AUGCUGACGGAGCAUGGCGAAAUAGUGUUACGACUGCUGUGCUCAUCGAUCCCUCCAGUAGUUGGACCACUAGUUGAUUUGAAGUUACGAUACUGGUUUUCAAAUCAGACGAACGCGUUCGUCGAUGACGAUGGCAUAGCCGCAGUCGGGAACGGUUGCUUAGCAAUCUUAAACACGGUCACUGGAGUCGGUCCAAGGACAGAGCGAAUUCUCUGA